CACACACACACACACACACACACACACACUUUGCUUCACUCUGCCUGCUGAGAAUCUCUUCAGUCAUCAGAUAAGGGACGAUGGAGAAACCCUGAAAACAAAGGGUCCUCUGAUCUGGGCCGACAGCGUGUUCACGUGUGGAGCAGCAGCGUGUUAACGUGUGUGUGUGCGUGGGUGUGUGUGUGUGUGUGUGUUGGGGUCAUGGACUCCUUGGACCCGUCUCCUUUGCGGCGUUUCGUGGUAGCCAAGCGAUCGAUCACUUCCAUCUUCGAUCAGCUGCUGGACUUCGUGAAGGAGGGCUACACCUUUGUCGAUGAGGUGUGGCGGAGCCAAGACCUGGUUCCAGUGGCUGUGGAGGAGCAGAGUCUGGAGAUGCAGAGCUGUGCCACCAAACUGUCGACCAUCAGAGAGGUUCUGGUCCGGAGACACAUGAAGGUGGCGUUUUUUGGCAGGACCAGUAACGGGAAGAGCACAGUAAUCAACGCCAUGCUGAGAGACCGGGUUCUGCCCAGCGGCAUCGGACACACCACCAACUGUUUCCUGAGGGUGGAGGGAACCGACGGCGACGAGGCGUAUCUCACCACCGAGGCGUCCAACGAGAGGAGGAGCGUCACUACAGUGAACCAGCUGGCUCAUGCGCUCCACAUGGACCCAUCUCUGGACUCGGGCAGUCUGGUCAAAGUGUUCUGGCCUAAGAGCCGCUGUGCUCUGCUGAGAGACGACCUGGUGCUGAUGGACAGGUAUCCCGGCACCGAUGUCACUCUGGAGCUGGACAGUUGGAUCGAUAGAUUCUGUUUGGACGCUGACGUCUUUGUCCUGGUGGGAAACGCUGAGUCGACGCUGAUGAACACUGAGAAACUGUUUUUUCACAAAGUCAGUGAGAGAAUCUCCAAACCGAACAUCUUCAUCCUCCACAAUCGAUGGGAUGCGUCAGUCAGCGAGCCCGAGUACAUCGAUGAGGUAAGGAAGCAGCACCUGGACCGCUGCGUCAGCUUCCUGGCUGAGGAACUGAAGGUGGUCAGUCUGGAGGAGGCUGCAGGAAGGAUCUUCUUCGUCUCAGCCAAAGAGGUUCUGAGCUCCAGGAUGCAGCGAGCACAGGGCAUGCCUGAGACAGGUGGCGCUCUGGCUGAAGGCUUCCACGACAGACUGAGGGAGUUUCAGACGUUCGAGAGAACGUUUGAGGAGUUCAUCUCCCAGUCAGCGGUGAAGACCAAGUUCGAGCAGCACACGGUGAGAGCGUGGCAGAUCGCCGAGGCCAUCAAGGCUGUGAUGGACGCCAUCAACGUGGCCUCCGCUGACAGGAAAAUCUGCUGCCUGGAGGAGCGGGAGGAGCAGCGGGACCGGCUGGACUUUGUUCGAGGGCAGAUUAACCGUCUGACCGACAGCGUCAAGGAGCGGAUCAGGACUCUGACUGACGACACUGGUGCCAAGGUCGCCUCAGCGCUGUCGGAUCAGAUCCGCUCUCUUCCUGUUCUGGUGGACGAGUUCAGAGCCGACUUCAACCCGACGCAGGAAACUCUGCAGCUCUACAAAACUAAGCUGCUGCAGCAUGUGGACGAGCGCCUGCUCGGGUCAUUGUCUCAUCGCUGCUCUGUCGGCGUCAUCCGUGACAUCAGAGACGCUCAGAGACACAUGAUCGACAGCGUCCGUCCUCUGCUGUCCCUGUGCGUCCAAGAGCAACUCUCUGCUCCUUCCACCUCCUUCGAGUUGACCUUUGACCUCGGCCUCGCCGCCCUCUGCGCAGAUUUCAGGGAGGACAUUGACUUCCGGUUUUCUUUGGGCUGGACCGCCCUCGUCACUCGCUUCAUCGGUGCAGCCAGUGCCAAGCGAGCGCUGACCCGCUCUGAGUCCAGACUGCAGGACAGCACCACAUUCAGAGAGGAUAUGCUGGUUUCCAUAGCAACGGGUCUGGUAUCCGCCACCUCCCGAGCGUCUAUGACGGUGCUGGUGGUGGGUGGAGUGGUGUGCCGCUCGGUGGGCUGGCGUGUCAUCGCUCUGUCCCUGUCCCUCUACGGCCUCCUCUACCUGUACGAGAAGCUCACCUGGACCGACGCCAGCAGGGAGCGUGCUCUGAAGCAGCAGUUUGUGGAGCACGUCUCCCACCGGCUGAGAGCCGUCGUCCCCGUCACAAGCUCUGCCUGCAGUCAGCAGGUGUGCAAGGAGCUGUCGUCUACCUUCAGCCGUCUGACUCAGAGAGUGGAUCUGAGUGAAGCAGAGCUGGAGGGAAACAUCCGACAGCUGAGUUUCAGGAUCCAGAGACUGGAGAACAUCCAGAGAAGAUCCAAGGCAUUCAGGAACCGAGCCACAGACCUGGAGACUCAGCUGGAGGCUUUUUCUGUUCAGUACCUGCAGGGAAACUAGGGUAGACCAGAACCAGGUCCUGCUGCUGAUUGGGUCCAGCAUCAGUAGAGCUGUGCCGGUGGUGGUAGAGGUUCUGCUCACAUAGAAGUCAGUGUAGUUCUAAUGGUUUGAUCAUUGGAUUGUUGAUCUUUGUUUUCUGGUCUCUCACCUUAAUCAAGUCUGUGUAUGAUGUGUGACCUGCAGCUGUUCUGAUCCAACUCAAGUGUCAUUAAACAGAACCUUGAUGUGAA